AUGGCGCCUGGGGCCGAUCAACAUGUAGCCCCACCAGAGACCACAAAGCCACCACAGCGCAACCUUGAGCGCACUCGCCGGUUUGCAAAGGUCUUUAAACAUCCGUCGACCAACCGGCGAGUUGUGGGCGGCUGGUUAUAUCCAGACCAUGGAAAUUCUUUAGAGAUCUGUGGACAGGUUUACCACCACCACACACUCGUCGAUCACGAUCAGAACAAAGGGUCAACCUUGCGCGCACUCGCCGGUUUGCAAAGGUCCUUAAACAACCGUCGACCAACCGGCGAGUUGUUGGCGGCUGGUUAUAUCCAGACCAAAGGAAAUUCUUUAGAGAUCUGUGGACAGGUUUACCACCACCACACACUCCUCGAUCACGAUCAGAACAAAGGUAGAUGA